AUGGCUCCACGUUCCACUGCCCAGAAGAGAUUACUCAAGGAGUACCAGCAACUAUCACGAGAUCCUCCUCCAGGGGUUGUCGCUGGGCCUGUUUCUGAAGAGGACUUGUUUGUGUGGGACUGUCUUUUGGAGGGUCCUGACGGUACCCCAUACGAGAAUGGAGUUUUCUCUGCCACGCUUAAGUUCCCUCUGGACUACCCUUUGAGUCCUCCGCUGCUUAAGUUUACGCCUCCUUUGCUUCACCCCAACAUCUACGCUGAUGGUACCGUGUGCAUUAGCAUUUUGCAUCCUCCUGGGGAGGACCCUAACCAGUACGAGAGGCCCGAGGAGCGGUGGUCGCCAGUGCAGAGCAUUGAGAAGAUCUUGUUGAGUGUGAUUUCGAUGUUGGCAGAGCCUAACCCGGAGAGUGGAGCGAAUAUUGACGCUUGUAAGUUGUGGAGAGACCACCGUGAGGAAUACGAUAAUCAGGUACGGAGCCAUGUGAGACGGACGUUGGGCCUCUAG